GACAGCUAUUCGGCCUUAAGUUCCAGCUAUCUGUAGCAAUCUCUUGAGCCACGUCAACCCCCGUUCUAUAUCUCCAAAUUUUGUCAAUUGCCUCGAUCCGGCAGCAGCGGUUUUCUCCAUCGGCUUAACCUGGAAAGCUGGCCAACAUGCCUUCGGCAAGAUACUUCGACCAGUGCCCCCCUUUUCCUGAAGAUGUACCGGUCGCCGAGAUACCUAUCAUCAAAUUGAAAGCGCUCGAGGGAAAUAGCGUAGAAGAAGGCUCCCGUUUGUUCGACGCCUGCUGCAAGCAUGGCUUCUUUUUGCUUGAUUUCAACAGUAGCUCCCAAGGAGAUGGGCUGUUGACCGACGCUGAGAGCAUGUUCGACCUCGCGACGGAAACUUUCAGUCUCGAAAAAAGCGUCCUCGAUCAAUUCGCCUAUCGGCCACCCAAAGACCUUCUCGGCUACAAAGAGGCUGGUAAGCUGAAGACCGAUGAUGGCAAACUAGACGCCACCGAAUUGUACACGCUCGGGCAAGAUGACAUGCUUGGCACACUCUUGCCCCGGAAGAACCCCGAACCAAUUGAAGGUCAGCGAGAAAAAUGUCGAGACUUCUUCGAAAAGGCCCAUGCUGCUGUCGCGACCGUUCUCAAGGCAUUAGAUGGUCCUCUUGGCCUACCUCGUGGCACUCUGGUGGAUCUUUGUAGGCCGGGAAGGUUGUCCGCGACCUCUUUACGUCUACUUCUCACACGACCACAAGAGCCUACCCCGAGGAGGAUCACGCUCGGAGCACACACCGAUAUCGGUCUAAUCACACUCCUUUUCAAUGUGGCAGGUGGUCUGCAGAUCUUGCCAGCCGAAAGUGAGAAUGUCGACAAGAAUUGGCGGUAUAUCAAACCUCAACCAGGCUGCGCCGUAAUGAAUAUUGGAGACACUCUGGUAGAGUGGACGGGUGGGGUCCUACGAAGCUCGCUCCAUCGUGUUGUCACCGCCCCAGGCAUGCAGAGUACUUCGUCAAGGGUUAGUCUCGCGUAUCUGGUGCGGCCAGCACGCGGGCAGUCGAUGCGACGCCUCCAGGGCGACGGCAAAGUUAUUCCUGUGGCGGCCGAAGAAGACACGCGCGAUGUAGAUGAAUGGGCAGCUGAGCGAGCUGGCCAGAUCAUUCGCGGCGUGUUGAAACCACGAACGACUGGAGGCAUACUCAUUAUGUAGAGAUCGUCUGGGUGAAGCUAUGCACGAAUGGAUUAGUUCUUCAUAUGAGAGUGUUCUUUUUAGGACCUAGUGUAGAGAUUCUUGACGACAGAGAGUUCUUGAAGCGGGCGCUCGAGCGUGCUCUCUGACACUAUCCAUAAACUAUCAUAAUAGAUCUUGAACAUCCGUUCGGCGCGUUCUUGAUCAACAAAGCUCUCGCUGAAAUAAACAUCGAGCUCCCCCGAGUCUGCAAACUGCGUCAC